AUGUGUCAUUAUUGUAUUAAAUAUAAUUACUCUUUUUUAAUCUUGAUUUUCGUAAAUAUCGCCAGUGGUUCAAAAGUCAAAAAUGUUACUUUGGCGGUCGGCAGACACAUUAGAUCAAUUACUUAUCCGCAGGGCAGUGGAAUGGGGAUAUUUUUCGCAAUUAGCGUUCCGCUAGAUCUGCCAGAAAAGUCCGUAUCAAUGGCGUUUUACUUUGAAGCGAAUUACCGACUGCCAAAUGAUAAAAAUCUGACAGAUUGUUACGAGUGUUAUCAAGAAGAGAACAUAAACCGUAAAUUUACUUACGAUAUUAUUGAAAGUAAAUUAGAAAGUGCCGGGUAUCCCGGUCGAAAGUGUCUAUUGAGAGCGAUUUGUGAAGCUGCGUUGAAUCCUGUCACCGGAAAUGGUUUAGUCGGCGAUAUUAUUCACAUUCUUUUCACGCCGUCGAGCUCCAAAGAGGAAAACUUGUCACAAGAAAUUGUCGAUGCUGAAAGUAAUUGCAGUUGUACGGAUUAUGAUUGUCCUAUGAGCUUACUCGAUAUUAUAAGUCACUAUAUUCAUUAA